CCUGCCAACAACUCUCUCCACCCCCUCCAUUGCUCCCACUCCCCCCUUGAGCAAACCUCUGCAUUUGGCGAUAGCUCCCCAUGGCAUACGCCCUCUCUGUCCGGAGAAGGCACCUUGUGCUUUUUCUAGCGGUGCUACUUAUUCUUGGCCUACUCCUGGAAUAUAUUGCUCUUGUUCCUCCUGGAGAAAGAAUGGUCAUUACUCCCCCCUCAAUGCCCUUCGGAACUCCUAUUCCGGAUGCGAAGCCUUCAGUUGAGAUUUUUCCUGCUGCGGUCGACGGUCGAAUCCCGCAAAUCCUCACCGCCAAUCAGCCUCCGAAAUCUCAUCACCCUACUCCACUUUUAAUCGGGUUCACAAGGAAUUGGCCGAUUCUACAGCAAUGCGUCGUUAGCUAUAUAACCGCUGGAUGGCCUCCUGUCGAUAUCUAUGUCGUGGAUAACACUGGCACCAUGGACUCCAAUGAACUCGGGCUGCUGACGCUGCAGAAUCCUUUCUUCAUCGACUAUCCGAGGCUGAGGAUGUUGGGAGUCAAUAUAAUUACCGCUCCCACCUUGCUCUCUUUUGCCCAGUUGCAAAAUUUCUUUCUCUACACCGCCAUUCGAAAGAGCUGGAGACAUUAUUACUGGAGCCAUAUGGAUUCCGCUGUGCUCUCGGAAGAGGAAAAACAACCGUACAGGAGCCUUUACCAGAGGAUCAUUGAGAGCUGGAAUUCCAUAAACAAGACGGAAAAGUGGGCCAUUAAGUUCUAUGCUUACGAUCAUCUGGCUUUGGUCAACGUUGCUGCUUAUAUGGAUGUUGGCGGUUGGGAUACUCACAUCCCCUUCUACAGCACGGAUUGCGAUUUUCAUGCAAGACUACACAUGAAGAACUACACUACGACCGAUGAGAAUGUGGGGCAUAUUUUCGACGUAGGAGGUACCAUACCUGAUCUUUCGGUCUUUUAUCCCGGAACUGGGAACGAGCCUCUGAACAGUGAGAGAUUCAAGUAUCUGCGCAAGCGUCUCGACGAUCUUCAGCGUUCGAAGAGCGAAGCGAAAAACGGUCGAAAUCUUUGGCAAGCCGAGCAACGGGGUGGGAAAGGUGAACCCUUCUAUCGGAACCCUGUGGUAAUCAUUUCCGUCUUGUACAACACUAGCUUCAGAUGGCUGGCAUUUUCUAACUACACUCAGGGCUUCGAAAAAGCGAUGAGACACUGGAUUAAGACUGGUCGGACAGUUUUUGCGGAGAAGUGGGGCCACCGCGAUUGCGACAUAUGGGAAAUUGGGAAGGAAAUCGAUAAGGCCUGGGAGUACAGGAAAGACUGGUGGGUCUAAUCUUCACGCAAAUGACUGCUCCAAUGUAUGGGGUGGAGGGGAGGGUACGCCAAGUUUCCAUUGGAGAUGCGGGAGCAUCGUGAACAGAUGUGUGGCCCUAUUAUACAACAACAGCUAGAUGCAUUGCUAGAAAUAAAUAAAUAAACAAUCUAAAAAAAAAAUACGUGAACCUUUAUAGCUAUAUUGUGAUAGCUUAGAACAAUGAAUCGCUGCAGAGCAGGUCUAAUCCCAUAGAUGAAUCUUAAUCCAGGGGCAUGAUCCAAACCUGCUACACGGGUAGCAGCCGAAUAUUUCACGUAGUACAUCUGGUAAUUAGAAACACGAUCGCCCCUGGGCUGCGUGAUCAGAAAGUUGCCCCAUCCGAGUCUACUAUACACUUCCUGCGGGUCCCCAAGUUGAUGUAUGAAUUUCAGCCUAAUUUACAGCUACCGGAUUACCAACACGGAGCAGCGAGAACUGUAUGUUUAGAGGAGCUAAACCACGUUCUCGCUAAGGCUAGAAGAUUGAGCGGGAAGAUCUCUCAGGGAGGGGUUGGACAAAUCUAUCAUUAAGGGGAUGUUUGGUACAUCAAUUUUUUCAAGGUAAUUAUCCUACAAACCACGGUUUAACUUAUGAGCUAGGGUGUGUUUAGUGUGUUUCGGGCUCUGUCCGGUGACUAGAAGACCUCUAUUGCAACGGACAGAGAAGCAGCGCCCUACACUUCCAAAAAUCAAGAACCCAGCAAUUCCAACCUGCCGCAAAUCCGACCCACUUCAACCCCCGGAAAAUCUCCCGCUCAUACAGGUUCCCC